CACUAGCUGCCCAUGAACACCCCUCAGGCCUAGGGAUGUGCACACUUGUGAGUUGAUCUGCUUUGGGAGGGUGAAGACACACCCAGGCCCUGGAAGCUGGUUUCGGACCACUUGGGGCAGGAAAUUCAAGGGUCAUGAGUACUUGGGGAAGAGUCUAGAAGGGAAGUUGUCCCUGCAGAUGGGUGUGUAUCACAGCCCUGCAGACUGCUGGUUCCAUGGAGAGGCAUGGCUGGAGAAGGGCAGGAGAGGGCAUUCUGAAGCAUCAGCCCCCUGAUUAGGGAUACCUGGCCCUAGAGUGGUCCUGUGCUUUUCACUCCUGCUUUUCAGAGAUCCUGCUUCUAACACAUCCUUGAGCAUCUCAGUAAAGCAAGCUUCCUAUGCCAUUCUGAAGUGUUUGGGUUAAGAACGUUUCUCAUGUGAAUAAUGCUUGGUCACCAGACUGAGGUCCAGCGUAUUCUUCAUCUGGUCUGAUAGAAAUCCCUUGUCUUUAAAUGUCAUAUAUUUAAGGUAACAACUCUAUUUUGUAGGUUGAAACAAAAACUUAAACUGUAUCAGUUAAUGUUUUUAAAGUCAACCAAAGGGAAGGCACCUCUUCCCAGUGUGUUUCAUCAAUUGAAAUCUGGUGAAUGUUUUUUUGUUUGCUGGUAUGUUCCACCGUGUGUGAGCAUGAAGGUAGGAAAACUGUUUGCUCAGCCAUUCCGUCUGUGGUUUGGUUUGUUGGAGAAUCAGUCAAAUGGAAAGGCUUUCCUCUGAUGUGAUUACAGAAUCAAAUAUUUUAUAAUUCCCAGAUACUUCUGAAUCUUGAAUAAUUAUUGAAGUCAGUGAACACUUUCUCUUUCUUUUCCUUGACUCCCUUUGGAUUGAACUAGCCCGCAGGGCAACACAAUAUUAUUUCCCUGGGCUAGGUGCACUUUCCUCUUCAUGGAUUAUUGGGUGCCUGUAGAUAGAGUCCCUGUGCACAGCAGGCAGAUUGUGCACCGCAUAGUCCUGGAGGUAAAUUUCACCAAGAGUAUAAGUGGGAUUGGGCAAAAUGGUAGCCCUGCCUAUGCAUGUCUGGGGCAGGGAUUCCCCCUAACUGUGUAUUCCCUGGGAGGCCUGAUUUUCCUCCUCUUUCUGUCACCCAUCAUAAGCAUAUGGAGAAGAUGGAUGUUUGAAGGGAAAAUAAUGUUAUUUUCUGCAUUUUCUCCCAUUUUUUGAGAGCACUCAUUCUCCUUCUAAUAUUAAUUUAGAUCAGGGAAAAUAAAAGCCAUUUGUUAAAGAACUAACUAUUAUAUAAUACAUUAUCAAACAAUUACGCCAAAGGUAUGUUUACAAACUCCUGUUCUAUCUUGGUGGGUUGAUUAGCUUCCUUGGGGGGUCCAAACAGCUAUGGCUUUUCCAUUUUUAUAAAUGGUUCUGCAUUUAUAAAAUUAAGAAUGGACAUUUAUGCUAUUAAUUAAGAAUGGAAUUAAUAGUGUAAAGGGAUCCUUCAAAUACCCAUGUGUUAUUGCUCACUUUUAACCAAUAAAUCUUAUGCCAGAGUGUUCUGCCUGCUUCCGGAUGAGCAAGGAGACUUGUGGUCUGGUUCUUGGACUUCCCUAGCAGCAUGGCCCCCAAAUGCCAGUCUCCACUCCCGCCUCAAAAGAAGAAACCAAGAAUGCCUCCUGCUCUGGGACUGGAGGAGACAUUGGCCUCUGCAGGCUUGCUGAAGAAGGGAGAAAAAGAACAGCAAGAAGCAAUUGAAUGCAUUGAUGAAGUACAAAAUGAAAUAGACAGACUUCAUGAAGAAGCCAGUGAGGAGAUUUUGAAAGUAGAACAGAAAUAUGACAAACUCUGCCAACCAUUUUUUCAGAAGAUGUCAGAAUUGAUCGCCAAAAUCCCAAAUUUUGGGGUAACAACAUUUGUCAAGCAUCCACAAGUGUCUGCCCUGCUGGAGGAGGAUGAAGAGGCACUGCGUUAUUUGAGCAGAGUUGAAAUGACAGAAUUUGAAGAUAUUAAAUCAGGUUACAGAAUAGAUUUUUAUUUUGAUGAAAAUCUUUACUUUGAAAAUAAACUUCUCUCCAAAGAAUUUCAUCUGAAUGAGAGUGGUGAUCCAUCUUCAAAGUCCACUGAAAUGAAAUGGAAAUCUGGAAAGGAUUUGAUGAAAUGUUCAAGUCAAAUGCAGAAUAAAGCCAGCAGGAAGAGGCAGCAUGAGGAACCAGAGAGCUUCUUUACCUGGUUUACUGACCAUUCUGAUGCAGGUGCUGAGGAGUUAUGAGAGGUCACCAAAGAUGAUAUUUGGUCAGACUCAUUACAGUACUACUUCGUUCCCGAUAUGGAUGAUGAAGAAGGAGAAUGAGAAGAAGAUGAUGAUGAUGAUGAAGAGGAGGAAGGAUAAAAAGAUACUAAUGAAGAAGACAAUGAAGAUGAAGGUGAAGAAGAUGAAGAUGAUGAUGAAGGGGAGGAAGGAGAGAAGGAUGAAGGAAAAGAUUACUAGAACACUGACAGGUUCCAACUUUCCUGUUUUAAAAUUUUUCUCCAGUCCCUGGGAGCAAGUUCCAGUCUUCUCUUUUUCCUCUUGUGCUCUGUUGCCCUGUUGUUGAGGUCUCUUUGCUCUACACCAUGGUUCUCAACUUAUUGCACAAUACAAUGGGAAAAGUGUCUCUACGCCUUUCUGUUUGAAAUUCAUUUUUAUCCCUUUCUGUCUGAACAAAAACUGUAUGGAAUCAACACCACCGAGCUCUGUGGGAAAAAAGAAAAACCUGCUCCUCGUUCUGCUGGAAGCUGGAGGGUGCUAGGCCCCUGUGUAGUAGUGCAUAGCAUUCUAGCUUUUUCCCUCCUUUCUCUGUAUCUUGGGCUUAGAGAGUACAUGGUGUCUCUAUGUGAAUAUGGACAGUUAGCAUUUACCAACAUGUAUCUGUCUAUUUUCUCU